AUGUUGACCGCGAGCAGCAGGAUCUGGGCUGUGUGGACUCGGGCGCUGCUGCUGCAGCUGCUGGUGGCGGGGCCCGGACACUGCCUGAGCCGCCAGGAGCUCUUCCCUUUCGGCCCUGGGCAGGGGGACCAGGAGCUGGAGGCCGGCGACGACCGCGUCUCCCCCGCCCUGGAGCUGAGCGGAAGGCUUCGCUUCUAUGACAAAUCCGACAUCUACGCAGUCUACGUCACCACAAAUGGCAUCAUCGCCAUGAGUGAGCCCCCGGCUAAGGAAUCCCAUCCUGGACUCUUCCCACCAACCUUCGGGGCCAUCGCACCUUUUCUGGCUGACUUGGACACCACAGAUGGCCUUGGAAAGGUUUAUUAUCGGGAGGAGUUCUCCCCUUCUGUCACUCAGCUGGCAGCAGUGUAUGUCCAGAGAGGGUUCCUGGAAGUUUCUUUCCAGCCCAUUAGUGUGGUGGUUGUCACUUGGGAAUCUGUAGCCCCCUUCCAAGGGCCCAGGAGGGACUCUGCCCAGGAAAACAAGAGAAACACAUUCCAGGCUGUUCUCGCCUCCUCUGAUUCCAGUUCCUAUGCCAUUUUCCUGUAUCCAGAAGAUGGUCUGCAGUUCUAUACAACAUAUUCAAAGAAGGAUGAAAAGCAAGUCCCCGCUAUGGUUGCAUUCAGCCAAGGUUUAGUGGGAUUCAUAUGGAAGAGCGACGGUGCUUAUAAUAUAUUUGCAAAUGACAGAGAAUCGAUUGAAAACUUGGUCAAGAGCAGCAAUUCAGGGCAGCAGGGUGUCUGGGUGUUUGAGAUUGGGAGUCCAGCCACAGCCAGUGGUGUGGUAAAUGCUGACAUGAACCAUGGACUUGAUGAUGGAGCAGAGUAUGAAGAAGAGGAUGAAGAUUAUGCCCUGGUGACGAGGCUGGGCCUGGAGGAUGUGGCCACCACAACCUUCCCCUACAAGACUCUGGGAAGGAGAGAUACUGACACAUAUCAUGUGCCAAGUGUACUUUACUCACGCCGCACAGCAACUGAGAGCACCCCUGAAUUCCCCACAGUGAAGACUAGAUCUUUUCAAUUACCGGUGGAGAGGUUUCCCCAGAAACACCCACAGGUGAUAGAUGUGGAUGAAGUUCAGGAGACCGAAGUUGUUUUCAGCUACAACACUGAUUCCCGGCAGACAUGUGCCAACAACAGACACCAGUGCUCUGUACAUGCAGAGUGCAGGGACUACACAACUGGUUUUUGUUGCAGCUGUGUUGCUGGUUAUACAGGGAAUGGCAGACAAUGUGUGGCCGAAGGUUCCCCUCAGCGAGUUAAUGGCAAAGUGAAGGGAAGGAUCUUUGUGGGGCACAGCCAGGCACCAGUUGUCUUUGAGAAUACUGACCUCCACUCUUACGUUGUGAUGAACCAUGGACGUUCCUACACGGCUAUCAGCACCAUUCCUGACACUCUGGGGUAUUCCUUGCUUCCCCUGGCCCCCGUGGGAGGCAUCAUCGGAUGGAUGUUUGCUGUGGAGCAGGAUGAAUUCAAGAAUGGGUUCAGCAUCACUGGUGGCGAGUUCACCCGGCAGACUGAGGUAACCUUUGUGGGGCAUCCAGGCAAGCUGGUCGUCAAGCAACAGUUCAGUGGCAUCGAUGAGCAUGGGCACCUGACCAUUGACACGGAGCUGGAGGGCCAUGUGCCACAGAUUGUGUUCGGCUCCUCUGUUCAUAUAGAGCCCUAUACGGAGCUCUACCACUACUCCCCCUCUGUGAUCACAUCCUCCUCUACUCGGGAGUACACUGUGACUGAGCCUGAACGGGAUGGGGCUGCCCCCUCGCACAUCCACACCUAUAAGUGGCGACAGACCAUCACCUUCCAGCAGUGCCCCCAUGAUGAGGCCCGGCCUGCUUUGCCUAGCACCCAGCAACUCUCAGUGGACAGCGUGUUUGUCCUGUACAAUCAUGACGAGAAGAUCUUGCGAUAUGCACUGAGCAACUCCAUUGGUCCAGUGAGGGAUGGCUCCCCUGAUGCCCUUCAGAAUCCCUGCUAUGUCAGCACUCAUGGGUGUGACACCAAUGCAGUGUGCCGACCUGGCCCCAUGAUGCAGUUUUCCUGCGAGUGCUCCAUCGGCUUUCGAGGAGAUGGGCGGACCUGCCAUGAUGUUGAUGAAUGUUCAGAGCAGCCUUUGGUAUGUGGGAGCCAUGCAAUCUGCAAUAAUCACCCUGGAACCUUCCGCUGUGAGUGUGUGGAGGGCUUUCGAUUUUCUGACAAGGGAGCAUGUGUAGCUAUUGCAGACCAGCGCCCCAUCAACUACUGUUCAAGUGGCCUACACGACUGUGACAUACCUCAGCGGGCCCAGUGCAUCUACACUGGAGGUUCCUCCUACAGCUGCUCCUGUUUACCAGGCUUCUCUGGGGAUGGCCGGGCCUGUCAAGAUGUGGAUGAGUGCCAGCCAAGCAGAUGUCACCCUGAUGCCUUCUGCUACAACACUCCAGGCUCCUUCACAUGCCAGUGCAAAUCUGGUUACCAGGGAGAUGGCUUCCACUGCAUUCCUGGGGAAGUGGAGAAAACCAGAUGCCAGCAUGAGCGUGAGCACAUUCUUGGGGCAGCAGGUGCUGUGGACCCACAGCAGCCCAAACUCCCAGGGCUGUUUGUCCCCGAGUGUGAUGAGCAUGGGUACUACGCACCCACUCAGUGCCACGGCAGCACUGGACACUGCUGGUGUGUGGACCGGGAUGGCCGCGAGAUCGAGGGUUCCAGGACUAGACCUGGAGUACAGCCCCCAUGUCUCAGUACAGUGACACCCCCAACUCACCAUGGACCCUCAGUUCCUACUGCUGUGAUCCCUCUGCCACCUGGGACCCACUUGCUCUUUGCCCAGACUGGGAAGAUAGAGUGUCUCCCCUUGGAGGGAAAUACAAUGAAGGAGACUGAAGCCAAAGCACUACUUCAUGCCCCGGAUAAAGUUAUCAUUGGACUUGCCUUCGAUUGUGUGGACAAGAUGGUUUACUGGACUGAUAUCAGUGGCCCUUCCAUUGGGAGAGCCAGUCUGCAUGGAGGAGAGCCAACAACCAUCGUUCGGCAAGAUCUUGGAAGCCCAGAAGGUAUUGCUGUUGACCAUCUUGGCCGCAACAUCUUCUGGACAGACUCUCACCUGGAUCGAAUUGAAGUUGCAAAGCUAGAUGGCAGCCAGCGCCGGGUGCUGUUUGAGACCGAUUUGAUGAACCCCAGAGGCAUCAUAACAGAUUCCGUGAGAGGAAACCUUUAUUGGACAGAUUGGAAUAGAGAUAACCCCAAAAUUGAAACUGCCUACAUGGAUGGCACAAAUCGAAGAGUCCUUGUGAAGGAUGACCUGGGCUUACCCAAUGGUCUGACCUUUGAUGCGUUUUCAUCUCAUCUCUGCUGGGUGGAUGCAGGCACCAAGAGAGUGGAAUGCAUGAGCCCUGGUCAGCCCAGUAGACGCAAGAUUCUUGAGCGGUUGCAGUAUCCUUUCGCUGUGACGAGCUAUGGAAAGAAUCUGUACUACACAGACUGGAAGACGAAUUCUGUGAUUGCUGUUGAUCUUGCUAUUUCCAAAGAGACGGAUGAAUUCCACCCCUACAAACAGACACGGCUGUAUGGCAUCACCACUGCCCUUUCUCAGUGUCCACAAGGCCACAACUAUUGCUCGGUGAACAACGGUGGCUGUACCCACCUCUGCUUAGCCACUCCAGGAAGCAGGACCUGCCGUUGCCCUGACAACACGCUAGGAGUUGACUGUAUUGAGCAAAAAUGA